UACACAGCCAUGGGGAUAGUCACCCUCCUCUUCCUCGCCUUCCUCUCCUGUGCCAGAACUGCUCAGUCGCAUCAGGCAGAUGAUGACUCUACUGAGAACUUCAUGGAAGUGCCUCCUGGUUUCCUAGAGUCACAGUUGGAUGAAAGUAUCUCAUCGCAGCCCUUAUCACAAGAAAAAGGUGCGCUGAGCUCAUUUUUAAAAACUCUUUUGCACUGGAGGACAUCACGCAGCUCCUUCCACUUUCAACCACAAAGGUUUGGAAGAGAUGAACACAGCUCGAUAAUGGGGGACGGCCGGAUUCAUUCUCGAGGAUGGGACUCGGCACCACAGUUUUGGAGCAUGGCAGUACCUCAACGCUUUGGGAGGAAAAAAUAA